CAAAAUUAGACUCUCGGAAAACCCACUCAGCGGGUGAUUUUUAUCUUGAAUUAAUUUUUCCCCAUUUGCCUCGAAGGUGACGGUCUCUGGACUUGGGUGUCGGUCGGUCGGACGAUCGGUACUCCAACGUGUGCCAGUGCCGGGUCAAGACGUGUUUUCCCGUAAUUAUUUUGUCGUCGUUUUUUAUUUUAUCGGGACAAUCGCGAUUCAACCUACCGACAGAUUCGGAGGGGAGCAAUUCCGAGAGGAAUUGAUUAGUCCAAUCGGAAGGAUAUUUAUUUUUCCUGUGCUGUGCCGUGCUUCAAUGGACAACCUACCGCGGCGAUUGGAUUGAAUUUUGGAGGAUCGUCAGCCAGCCGGUGCGGAGUUUGGAGUUUCGUUGCCGAAAGAGUUAACCGGGCAUUCCGGGGGAAAUGGAUAUCAAGGCGAAUCUCGUUGAAUGGAUGGAACUUUUGAGUGAAAUGCUGCAAUUCCUGGAUGCAACCACAUCGGCAGAAAUGUGCAACUCUCCGGGGAAGGCCAUUGCAAUGAACGGACGACUACGAGAAGAACGACACCCUCAAUGUGGUGCUGCUGCUGCUGGUGUCUCUGCUUCCGCUUCUGCUUCUGCUGACGUGGUGAAAUGUGAGGAAAAAUGUGACUGGUGUCCCCUGGACCCAAAAGAGAGUGCCGAGUACAUGAAUAUUGUCAAUAAAAUAGAUGAAUCUCAUCGCCUUACGUUGAUACACAAAUGCAAUGUGGUGCUUGGAAAGCUGCACGAAUGGCUGUUGGCAUCCAUGCUGGAACCGUUGUCGUCAUCGUCGUCGUCGCCGUUGAAGAAGGAAUUAGAUGGAGCGGAAGACGACGAGGAUGAGGAAAACUCAUAUCUGGAGAUGGGUGGUGUGGGACAUAAAAAUGAUAUUAAUUUAACUGAACCGACAGAUAAGAUUGACUCUUGUGAAAUUUUCGAAAAGGAUGAUGCUGCUGGUGGAGGUGGUUUCCUGGAAGUAGACCCAGCUGGCAAGAACGAGGAAGAACUCAACUUGGAAGAAAAUUGUUAUGAUUUUACAACCGAUAGGAGCCUGUACGAUGAUUGCUCUUCCGACAUGAAAUUGAAUAAUGUAGCGUGUGUAAUCCCAGUGGAUGAAGAUGAUAGCAAGUGUCCCUUUAGUGGUUUACCAGCAGUCCAUCUUCGCAUCAAGCAAUCGCCCAAGUUCGGAACCCUUUUCAGACAUGAGAAACGACUGUUUUUUGAUCAAACGAAGAAAUUUUAUGUCGGACUGCUGGAUAGAUGGCUUCUUCUAUACAACAAUUGCAACGAGCUCAAACCAGCUCAGUGCGUUUAUGUGAAAGACUUGAAACUAGAUCUGAAUCUUAACGACCAGUUUAAUGAAAAGCACCAAUUCCACAUAAUUACGCAGAACGAUUCAAAGAUUUGCUUCUUGUCGCCCAGCUUCAAGGACCUAAACGAGUGGAUUGUGGCACUUGAACAAAGCCUGCUCACGAAAACCGACAACACGGCCACAAACAGUUCCAGGAAGUUGCCACUUCCUCCAACACCGGACGAUGAACCCGAUAAUAAUUGUUUGGCGGGCAAUGACCACGUGGAUCAUACCGACAGCAUCUACGAAGAGCCCCAACUUUUGCACAAACAACAUGGACUCGCUGAACAGAGUCAACAACACGGCUACGACACUCCGAAGCCAUCCAUUGUCGAUGUUUGCAGCCACAACCACCAAAGUCAACAGCACUCGAAAACAAGUCCAACUAAAAUAAUUAAUGACGUUCUGAUUUCUCCCACGACAACUCCCAGAGCAAACAAGUGUGAACCAAUUAGCCAUACGGUAGUGCCAACUGUUGCGACGAACAUUUCCUCGCCUGCUUCUCCGGUAACCCCAACGACGCCUACUUCGACGACGCCUGUUAAAAGUUGGCUCUUUAAUCGUUUCCAUAAAUCAGCCUCCUCUGAUGGCAACGGAACGUCGUCGUCGGCGCCGGAGCAUUCGAAGCACACUCGCAAGGCGCACUCUUCCAAGAAGCUCUCCUUUCAGCAGGAACACAUACCGGAUGUGAUUGCAAAACCGCCACCCUGCAAUUCGGUCAAAUCUACUGGUAAUAGCAAUAGCAGCAACAAUUGUAAUAGUACCAGCCCGGCGUCCGCUGCUCUUACGGUGCCUUCGGCGGCCGGAAAAGGGACGAAAAUAAAUAUGAUAAUUAGUCAACUGGAGGCCAAUGGUCAAUUGAGCCUGCUGUCGAAAAGUUUAAACGACCCGACCAAGCGGAACACGUUGUGCGUAGAAGACUAGCGCCUUUGAGUAGUAGCAUAUAAGAUAUACAUAUGUGCGAUUGUACAGAGAGUUUUGUAUGAGUGUGAUUUUCCGGCUAAUAAAUCCGACGAUGGUGCUUUUACUGAGAAAUGAGGGCCCGAAUUUUUGCGAUUCCCUUUAAGUUUCAACUGAUGAGAUUCCUUCUUUUCGAUCUGGUGGGAAUGGGAUGAGAUGUUGUAAUUUGUUUCG